AUCGGUCGCGAGCCAGUCCUUACAAAUUGCAAUUGUUUAAUUUUUGUAACGAAAUCCAUUUGUAUGAAGUGUUCCUCCUCACACAACAGUCGAGCAAACUUUUGCUGUUCUUCAUUUAUGUUUGGUGAAUAUUUCCACACGGAUUGAGUGACGCUGUUGUUGACGUGUUGCUAUGGUGACGCGCCGCUCAUGUUCAGACGUCGCUGAACCUGCCGAAGAUCAUCAUCAUCCUCAUCCUCAGGGUUUAUGGAUCAUUAUGAGGUGAUUCGGCGGGUCGGUCAGGGCGCGUUCGGGAGCGCGCUUCUGGUCAAACACCGACACGGAGACGAUCCGCUGCUCUACGUUAUCAAAGAGAUCAACCUGAGACGGUUGUCUCCUCGGGAUAAGGACGCCUCCAGGAAGGAAGUGACUCUGCUGUCCAAAAUGAGACAUCCAAACAUUGUGACAUUUUAUAAAUCAUUUUACGACAGAAAUAACCUCUACAUCCUGAUGGAAUACUGUGACGCCGGUGAUCUGAUGAACAGAAUCAAGAUGCAAAGAGGAAAACCCUUCACAGAGCAGCAGAUUGUCGACUGGUUUGUUCAGAUCUGUCUCGGACUGAAGCACAUUCAUGACAGGAAGGUCCUGCACAGAGACAUUAAAUCUCAGAACAUCUUUCUCACUCAAGGAGGACUGAAAGUCAAACUGGGAGAUUUUGGCAUCGCAAGAAUGUUGAACAACACCAUGGAGCUCGCCAGAACCUGCGUUGGGACGCCGUACUAUCUGUCUCCAGAGAUCUGCGAGAACAGACCUUACAACAACAAAACGGACAUCUGGUCUCUGGGCUGUGUCCUCUAUGAGCUCUGCACACUGAGACAUCCGUUUGAAAGCAGUAAUUUAAAGCAGCUGGUGCUGAAGAUCUGUAGGGGGCGCUACAGUCCAGUGUCUCAGCGCUACAGUAAUGAACUACAACUGCUGCUUAACCAGCUGUUCAAGGUCAGUCCACGUGACCGGCCGUCGGCUAACUCGCUGCUCAAACGACCUUUACUACAGCCUCUGAUCAGCAAACAUCUGGACACACAGUUGCUGGAGGAUGAGUUCAGUCACACAGUUCUUCACAGACACACACCACGUAAAGCCACAAACAACACAGAUUUCAAAGAUCCAGUGGGAUACAAACCCGUCCUGAGGCCUCCUGUCACCAAACCGCCACAGAGACCCGAGCAGAGACGCACAAGAGCAAACGCACAACAAAUAAAGCCUCAUUUUCCUGCUGUGGUUGAAAACCCGAUUCCACUCAAACUACGUGUUGAUCAUGAGCGGCGGUGGAACGGUCCGGCUGAGCCGAACAAGCGUCAGGACCGACAGCAGGAACCUGCGGAUCACGACGCACACAGACCCGCUGCGCUGGAGCCCCACAAAAUUGUCGCAGCGGCGAGAGACGAGUAUCUGCAGAGGAGACGUGAAGCCCAUCAGUACAAACUCAGAGCUCAGAAACAGCUGGGUAUCAGACCGUCCACAGCAGAUGCUGAAGGCUGUCAGCCGGCCAACGCACAAGAGCAUUAUGGGAGCAGACCGCCUCAGAGAGGGAAACUACAGGGACAGGAGGAGUAUCUGAAGCAGCUCCAGCGAAUCAGAGAGCAGUAUCAUCAUGAUGUCAGAGAGAUGAGAAUGAGAGCAGAGGUCGAGGACAGAGGAGCAGACUUACUGAAGAAGAACAGAGACACACGCACACGUGGGAAAGAGCAGCAGAGAGGAAUCAUGUUCGAGAUCAAGCUGAGUGAUAAAGAGAUGAAGACUGAUGAGGAAGAUGAGGAGUCAGAGGAUGAGCCCCUGAACGACACACUGACGUUUGCACAAGGAGAAAACCUCCGCCACCGUCCACACGGCUCGGAGGAAGAGGCUCGGGUGAAGAGAGGCGAAUGGUGUCGAGACGCCGCUGAGACCUUACUGAGCGCUCUGGAGCACAUGGAUGUGACGACGGAGAGCGUCUGUGACGCUCAGACAGAGGAGCAGGAGGAAGGAAACAGAAAACACUGGACGAAGCGUCUGCCGGAGACACUCCUGAACGCUCUCGCUCAAGCGCAGAUCACCGACUGCAGCACAGAGACGCUGAUGUCAUCAGAUGAGAAGCGUCUGACAGAGGAAGAGCGUGAUGAAGAUGAGUGUGAUGAAGAUGUGGAUGAGGAGCGUUUGGAGCCUCGAUCAGAUGAUGAGGACACGAACUUUGAAGAGUCUGAGGACGAGCUGAGAGAGGAGGUGUCCGACUCCAUGAGGAACCUCCUCAUCAUCACACAGGAGGAGGACGAGCCGACGCACACGGAUGGACCGACACAGGAAACACAGGAGGAAGCGACCAGCAGUGUGGAGGAAGUGACUGACAAGAGUGUGUUUCAACUGCCUUUUACUGCACAUGAUGAUUACCAGAAAAACACAGUAGAAUGAAGGGAUUUUCUUUUCAUUUUCUUUCUUUUUGUUCCUCAUUCAAGUACGUCUAAGUGAGAUCAAGCUUUUUCUGUAGCUGCUGCUAGAACAGUUUACCUUUUAACAUCAGCACCUCUUGAAUGUUUUUAUAUAUUCACACACUACCGGUCAAAAGUCUGGAAUAAUCAAAUUAUUUUAUUGUUUUUGAAAGAAGUGUCUUCUGCUCACCAAGGCUGCAUUUAUUUGAGCACAAAUACAGUGAAAAGUAUGAUAUAUUAUUACCAUUUAAAACAGCUGUUUUCUAUGUGAAUAUAUAGUAAAGUGUAAUUUAUUCCUGUGAUCAAAGCUGAAUUUUCAGCAUCAUUACUCCAGUCUUCAGUGUCACAUGAUCCUUCAGAAAUCAUCAUUUGCAGCUCAAGAAACAUUUCUGAUUAUUUUCAGUGUUGAGCCACUUCAGAUUUGUGUUCAGACAGAUGUUUCUCAUUUAAACUUCAGAAGAAACUACUGAAUUUACUGAGUCAGAGUGGGUUUGAUUCAUUGAAAUUGAUUCAUGAACAUGUUCAUUCACAUCAUCACUGAAAUCAUGUGUCAAUUUCAUAUAUUAAAACGUUUUAAUAUAUGAUGGUAAAGACUGCUGUUCAUGACUGUGUUAUAUUGGUGAUGAAUAUAAAUGAAAAUGACUAAAUAUGAUUCAUGUGUUCAUUUAGUGAAGAAAUCAUGAGAGCCUUGAUUAUUUGAAAUAGAUUUUUUUUACUGUAUUUUACUUCUUACAUAAAACAUUUUGAAUCUAGCUUACAGUAAAUAGAAAAAUAAAAGUAAAUCUGCUCUGAAAUUAAAGAAUAUUUUCUCCAGU